UCAGCGACGCCAUCGAACACUGCCGCCGGCGACACCAUCCCAGUUGACACACAUAAGUCGACACACAGUACUCUCUCUCCCUCUUUGAUUGGGGCUGUGAUUAGGAGAAGACAGUGGAAGGCGGUGAAGCCGGUCUUCUCUUCUUCUCCAGUCCAGACGACGCACAGGCACAGGCACAACCAGCAACUCCUCAACUUAGCUCUCGAACUCUCCAGUCCAGACGCACAAGCAUUUGAUUUGGGUCUGUCUUUCUUGUUGUUGCCGAAAGAAAUAGAUUCAGCUUUUGAUGUUCUCAAGGAAAUUUUAAAACCUGUAGUUGAUGGAGAGAAAGAGAUUCCUUGGCCUCCUAGAGAUCCUGAGGCAGUCAUUCUCACGAAGAAAGAUGAUGCUUCUUUGCCAACACCAAAGAGCAAGGAUCAUGUAAGUCUGUUGAAGGAAUGAAGCUUGUGUGCCAUGAUCUAGCAGAGGCAACCAGUGAUCCCAAAGCUUGCCAAGACUUUUGACUCUAGUCUGACGGGUGCCUCUUCAUGAUCUUGUAAAUAUGUCCUGAACACACUCAUGCAAACAUUUCAAAAUAAACAGGUAGCCCAUGGUGUCUAGGAGAGUACCCUCAAAAGUCUUAUUACUGAGCUCUUGGUUUGGCUUUUUGAUGAAAGGGUUCCCAGGAUGGACGAUUGCAGCCAACUUCUGCAAGCUUUGAAUGUUCUGAUGCUGAGAUCCUGGUAACAUUGAUCUCAAAAAUGCAUCUUUUUUAAUUGCUAUCUGUGUGUGAAUUACAUCUUUGUUGAGCUUAGAGAUGAUAUUUCAAGGCAUGGAGCUGGACUGCUGAAGCUGUUUAAGUAUUAGAGACAUUAAAUGUAAUUAGAGAUGGUUUAAAUCCUCUUGAACGAUUAAAGUCAUUUUUUCUAUUUUUAGAACUUCUUG